GUCAACAGAAACUGAGGCAGAAGCCAUCGGAGCAACUAGAGAUCAAAUAUUUUUAUCCACAGCAAGAGAACAGAGAAUUGACAGAGCAGCAGUUCCCUUCCACAACCAGCAGAGAUCAGCAAUGCUGCACUUAAACGGUACAGAGCUGCAGACUCUCCUGCUAUCCUUCCUACAGCAAUGUCUGAACGGCACAGGUUCACUGGUCCCAGUACUCUCUCAGAACUACACUACCCAGCAGGCCGUUCUCCCAGUGGGCGGAGCUCUACCUAAGGCUCAAGCUCAGGGAUUUGUGUACGUUCUACUGAUGGUAGGUAUGUUUAGUUUCUUCACGUUUGGUAUCAUGCUGAGCUACAUCCGCUCCAAGAAGCUAGAGAGCUCCCACGAUCCGUAUCACCAGUACAUUGCCCACGACUGGACCAAAGGACUCACCUUCCCACGGGCCGUCACACAGGCACUGCACGGGGCAGACACGCGUAUUGGAGACAACGGGAAGAACCCCAUGGUCAUCUGCAACCCUGCUGCAUUGGAGCAGCUCCCAGGAUAGGUUGGGAUGGAUAGUGAGGC